GGGGGCGCAGAGGUCGCCAUAUUGCUUCGAUUCGACUCAUUCCGCGGUAUCUGCACUUACUUGCAUAUGCACCCGACUUGCAACGCGGCUCUGAGUAUGUCUGUGAUUACGUCAGGUUUUCGGUUUUCAAAUAGCACUUUGCCAACAAAAAAACGUCGAAAAUGUCGAGUCGAGUGACCUCAGAGUUUGUGUAGUCGCGUUUUCAAAAAAAAAUAUCGCGAAAUUGACGGAGUUUGUGGUAAAAUUUAGUGCAGUGUUGUGGAUACGCAAUUUUUUCGGGCGUGAGCCUGAGGUGGUCAAGAAUUAUUGUGGCUUGUAUAUACCGAUCUCUGGAUAAAUUGAAAAACUUAUGCUAAUUCUACUAUUUAAUGAUUUUUCUUGUUUGUGCAGAUUGUAAGUCAAUAUACGUAAUGUGCCUACCUUUGAAGUUGAGAUCUUAUUAUACAGGGUGGCAAUGUCGAUAAAUGGGUUCUAAGGCUAUAAGGAGAGGUUUACAUAGGUGAGUUUAGGGAUUUACUCAGUGCUAAACAUUUGAUUUUGGACCAAAGAUUUCACUUAUUUAGGUGAAUGGUGAAUGUGAUGUCAAUAAUUCAAAUACUGGUUUUCUGAGGCUGCGAAAUGGACCCAAAAGACGAAACCGAUAUAAAACUGCUUCUUAACUACCCAUUCAUAUCAAAAAGGGUUGAAGAUGAUUUAAUAAUAUACAAAGGAAUAAUUGAGGUAAAUGAUGAAGACUACCAACUAACCAUUAAAGAAACCUCUCAAAAAGGUUUCAUUUUAGAAGCAGGAGAAAACUUGGACUUCUUAGAUGCAGAAUUUAGUAACAGUAUACGAACCACUGCUACAGACAUAGUGAUGGUAUUAGACAUGCUUAGAAGCCACAUUUCCUUGAAAAUUCCAACAGAUAAACUUACCAAUCACAGUGAUACUUAUAGACAGGUUUUAUGUGAAUAUUUAGAAUUCACUAAGUUCUACUUAAACUUAAAAUCAAGUUAUUUAGCCUAUGAUUUGAGUAAAAUUAGUAUAACAAUGUUUGAUGAAUCAAAUAGGGAACAUAGUGUAGUAAUAAGAGUGAAUUACAAUGACAGGAACAUUUUUGAGAUAGUAGACUGUGAUUUGCCUUGUGAAAUGGAAAAAUUCCAAAAAUCUUCCAACUUAAAAGCAGUGUAUAACCAGUUUGUCGAGGAUGUUGAAAGGCUGCAGCUCUUUUUUAAUUUAAUGGAAGAUUUUGAUAAAAAUUGCAAUAUUUUGGACCCUGUACCACCAAAGAAGAGAUACAACUUUAGAAGAAUUUGGCUAGGCGAAACUCUUUCAGUUAUAAUAACAGUUGAUCCAUUCAGCUUAGGUCGGAUGCCUACAAUAAUUUUCCUUGGACCAGAGAGGAUGGUGGAGACUUAUCGCAUGACGAUGAAUAAUAAUCUGGAAAAUUGGGAUACGAACAAUUGUAUUUUUUCAGAAAUACUCAAAUUAAUAGGUUUAGACAAAUUUCCAACGAAACCAAUCAACGAAGGUAAACAAGACGAUAUUUUAUUAGAAGCCGGAGAUUGCAGCAUCUGUUUCUCUUAUAGAUUAAACGACAAAUUGCCCGAAAUCGUCUGUAGAAAUCAAUUUUGUGAUAACUGCUAUCAUAUUGAUUGCUUAUAUGAGUGGUUAAUGUCUGUGAAUUCCCGACGAUUUUUCUCAGAAGUCGUAGGCAACUGUCCAAACUGCGAGAAGAACAUUUCCUGUCCAAUCCCAAAUCAUAGAGUUAUAUAUUAGCAUAGAGAGAGUGUCAUUCAGAGCGAAGUGACGACACCAUCUUUUUUAUUUGGAUUAGUGCCGUUUCACUCUUACGCAUAGUAAAACUGCUACAGUUGUCCUCCUCUUCCGUGCCUAUACUCACACUGAAUGUCAUCAUAGAUUUUCCAUACAAUGUGUUAGAAAGAGAUGCAGCAAACCAGUCCAUGAGAUCUUGUCGUCAGGAAGCGCGGAAGGUAGGCUCCCUCUAUGUUAAUAUAUACCUCUAUGAUAUUUAUAAUAACUUCACUGUGACGGAACGCAACCGAUACACAUUAUGGUAAUGUGUGUGGCCUAACUUUGGCGUAUUUCUGUGAAAAAUUCUUAUUAUAUUUCUCAUGAUUCGAAAAAAAAAAAUGAAUACAUUUAAUAAAACACAUUGAACAUUUUAACAGGCGACAUUUUCCACCUAUGUGCUUAAUAUUUCAGCAGUUUCGAAUUUUAUUGUAAUACAUAAUAUUUAAGUUUCACAAUAAUUGUUCACUGUAAAAGUUAUUCAUUUUGUAUUAAUUUCAAAUUUUAAUUUUUCCAGUGUGUUUUAUUUAUUAGUAUCCCAUAACUUUACGAGAAACCCUUCACAUUUCUCGAUUUUAAAUUAAACAUAAUAAUUUAAUGUCAUGUCUAGAGUUAUUAUCUGUCAUUUAUGUCAUAUCUGUCACAAAUUAUAAUAGAACACGAAUUAAUUUAUGGGUACUUAAUUGAGAUGAUGGAACAUUAAAAAAAUUAAUAAGAGAUUUUUUUAGGAUGCAUGUUUAAAUAAAUGUGACUGACUAAUCGAGAAUGCUCGAUGUUGUUUUGAUUUUUAGUAAACCUACUAAAAACUUGCGGUCUGCCGCACAGCCCUGCUUUUACCUGGUUUGAUAUAACAUUUUAGUUGAACUGGCAACGUUGCCUAGAAAUAAGAGUGACAUAUGUGACAAGACCAAUUUACACAACUAGAAAAACACGAUUUUCGGGUAUAAGACUUGUACCAGUUUUUUUUGACGCGAAGUGUACUUGCGUUUUGACUCACCCUGUAUUUGAUAUAAAGAAAAUUAGCAAUAGGCCAUUUCAAGACUUUGACGUUUAUGACACUAAUUGAAAGCUGGAAGGCAAACAUUGAAAUUAUUUAUAUUUGUACCGCAUUGAGUUUCUUAAGUUUUUUACGUUUAAUAGUUUUUUUAUAAAAUAGUUAUUGUUGUUAUAAAAUAGUGGUUUAUAUAAUUGUUUUUAUAUAAUAGUUUAAUCGUUGUAUAAUAGUUUUUUAUAGUUGUAUUUUCCGAACAUUUUGCUGUUGACUUCUGUAGCUUCUAGCUGUAGAAGUACUUUAACGACUGUAUUUAGUUGUAAGCAGUGAAUAAAUAAACAUAAGUAAAUAUUUUCAAAA